AGCGGAUUUUUGCGGAUAUAUUCUGGAAAAAUUACAGACAGAGACAAGAUCAGCUUUCAGCUCACUGGGAUCAGGUACAAGAUCAGCGGAACCUAAAACCUAUAAGAAGAGUAUCUUGGGGAGAGAGGAGCAUUCUAUAGCGUGGUCAUAUAAAAACCGAUACUUACGUAUCACAGAGAGACAAAGGUUCACCUGCCGAGCAGGAAAUCGGAUCUCCAAAAACCCAACAAUCAAGAUGUGCCGUGGAAUUGAUCUUCCUAACAAGACAAUAAAGAUGGGCUGCAAAGCAUGGGUUCGGGCGUACGUUUUUGAAGUGUUGGACGACCUGUAUACAUACCUCAGCCCAGCUAACCUGAAGAAGGAAAAUAACGAGGACCUUCUCAGCUCGAGUGAAAAAAUCUAUGGGAUACAGGUUUAUCCUGUUCAUAGUAUGCACGAGCCAUGUGGUCAUCUACAAAGCCCUCACCCGGAAGUUGUAAAUAUCAUAAAGGAUAAUGGUUACAAAUGCCAAAAUCUUUGGAGGUUAAGGGGAAUUCUUGAGGAAGAAGUGACUAAGUUAUUAGAACAGAAAGGAUACACCAUACAUCUCGAUAAUAGAAUGUGGUUUCCCACUGUCUCUGAUAUCCGGAAUUGUUGUGCUUCGACGGGGCUAGAAGUCGACCGACUUGAUGAUUUGGUGGAAAAGUUCAGGAGCAGCGGUGAUUCUGUUGAGUUUAUCUACGAGCCAGAUAUGGAAGUGAAGACAAAUACGAAGUUCAUGCUCGUAUACCAGAACGAGGCAAUGAAGUCCAUCCUAAAAGACCAUGGCGACUACUUGUUUCUCGAUUCAACACAUAAAACGAACAAGUAUAAAAUGCCUCUGUAAUUCAGCUCAUGGUAUUCACACCUCACGGAUACCAGGUAGUAGCGGUUUUCCUUACUUCCAAGCUUGACGGCGACACAGUAGCAGAAGCCUUGUAUGUGGUGAAGCGUUGGAAUCCUGAUCUUUCGCCUACUUACAGCAUGACAGAUAUCGACACGGCCGAAAUUAAUGCCAUUCAAGAGGUUUUUCCAGGAACUAAACAUUUUUACUGUGAUUUCCACAUUAAACAAGCAUGGGAGAAAGCUAUCAAGAAUCACUUUAAGUCGGAUGACAUAGACAAGGAGAUUGUGGGUGAACAAUACAUCAACGCUGAAGCAAAGAUUACGGCGUAUCAGCUAUUACUUUAUCUAAUGGACGCAGAUUGUCCCUGGUCACAUCAUAUGACCGAAACACUUGAUUCAGACUUUGAGGCACGACUCUUGAGAGCUGCAAAUCAUCCGGUGGUUUUAAGAAACCCAGGAUUUAGGAACUACAUGAUCUCUUGGUCAUCACCAGUAGAGAGAAGCAGAUGGGCAAAACCCUACAGAGACAACUCAGCCAUUCGGGGGAUAUACACCAAUAACGGAGUUGAGGCUCUAAACGGUGUCCUUAAAAACAGAGUGAUGAACAACUCCAGUAAACAAGGAGUGCCGUCACUGCUGCAAGCAUUGGUGUAUGAUUAUCUGCCAACAAAACUGACCAUGUACCGACACAAGAGGAUGGCAGAGUCCGCUGGUUACAAACGAAUUCUGGUUUCCAACAAUGAAGCCCACUUUCAGUGGCCUUUAUGGAUGAAUGGUAUCCCACACAAAUCCCUACUCCGUAUCAAGGAAAACUACAAAAGGUCAGCGACUUUCGGAGUUGAAGACAUUCUCAGAAAUGAUGAUCACUUCAUCAUAAGAACAAGAGACUUCAGUAUAGAAGAAUAUCAAUCGUACCAUGCGUACAAGGUCACCGUCAGUCCGAGUGUCCACUGUGAUUGCCUGAACUUCAGGUCUUACCCAGAAUUACCGUGCAAACAUUUAUUGGCGGUUAUUCGUGAGUCGAACGUUGAAUGGACCGAUCUUCCGCUUUCAUUCAGGCACAAUCCUCACCUAUGCACGGAUCCUGGUGCUAGCUGUUCGACUCAAGAAGUUAGUCUUCCACUAACAGUACCCGAUAGUCUUCCACAAGACCAGAGCCCGAAGAAAACAGAUAAAAACACUGAGGGAGACCUGAAUGCAACAUUCGGAAAGCUUGCAGAUCUUAGGAGCAUGAUCUAUAAUGUUGCUCCUGAAAAUAGACGUGAGAUGAGAGACCUUGUCACAAGUGUUAUUGAUGGGAUGCUUCUUCCACGGCUUUCGGAGAUGACAAAGAUUGACAUGACGGUAACAGCAGGGGACGAUUUGCCACUGUUGUCAACGACUUCUCGGGCAGAAAAGCGGACGGACUUCGCAGAUUCGCUCCCAAAGCGAGCAAAAAAAAAGCGAAAGAAGUUUCCCGAAAGGAAACUAGAUUAUGGUUUCGGAUCAGACUCUGAUUUCGAGAAUGAUGUAUGA